CAUAAAGUCUCCACAAGGCGAGCUUUGGCAACCCUUUAAGGAUAGGGAACGACGUCGACUUGUCUCCAUUGAGACCCUGUGUGGUAGUGCAACAUUAUGCGUUUUGAAAGUCGUCGCUAACCCCUGGUCGCCAUGCCUCCCCUCGGCCGGUACCGUACGAUUUUGGUUAUUGGCGACAGCUAAUCCUUGAGUUCACUGCCACAGGGAGGCUUUCUCGUACGUUCUUCAGGAAAUCUUGAUUGUGGCGGAUUUCGUCUCGAUUUCGCAUUUGCUAUCACAUGGAGAUCCUUUCCGUUCCUCUGGCGAACGAAAAAAAAAGUGGCAGAAUGAACUAUUUGAAUUCGAUGGCUGGUUCCGACGACAAACUUGUAACAACUCUAAUUAUCCAACUACCAUGAGUCUUCCCUGUGGACGAAUAGAAUGCUAUCCAGACGAUUAGAGGCAAUCAGCAAAGAUGCGAACAAUCCAGAUGGUAUCGCAGAGCUGGUCGUCACGGCACUUGGCAGCGGAGGCUGUUUUUACAUAUGCUGGAAGACUCACGAGGGUCUAUAUGAACAAGACAGCUACGGCAUCCCCUCAAAGCUUCACAAAUGGCUCUUUUCACCAGACGGUCGCGGAAGGGAUUUCGCCACCCUGCAGGUGAUCCUCGGGCCAGGCGAGGACGAAUUUCUCGCAUCAGACCGCUACGAUAAAAUUGAAAACAAGACGGCGGAGCCUCCGCCGCGACUCCAACGAUCCGCCACCUCCCGCUCGCUCGAUGCUUCAGCGGAGAGGCGGAGGAUAAUGACCUUGAUGAACACAAAUGCAGAUGCGCCCGGUGCAAACGCCAAGCUCCGGCGACGCUCAACCACACUCUCAACCCUGGUGUCCGACUCGAGCCGCAGGCAAAGCCUCCUGCUCAACAACAGCAACCCCAUCGUCGAGGAAUCUCGGUAUGAAGGCCGACCACGACGCAUAUAUUUUGUUCCCUCGGCGAUUCGUCCCAACCGGCCACCCAGAUCGCGGCAUUCAUCUAUGGACAGUCCGCAGCCGCAGCUGGGGAAUGUGCCUGAGUCGACACGGGCUUCAACAACUUCAGUACCUUUAGUAAUAUCGACACCGCCGCAGAAGCCUUCGGCCACAACUACCCCUAUCACACCAACAAAUAAUUCUGCUUCUACUUCUGCUUCUUCUUCUUCUUCUUCUUCUUCUUCUGCCACUUUCACCCCCCCAGUUCAACUCCGCCUAGCAAGACGCAUCUCCCCACCAACCUCCCUCCCAACAGCACCCAUAUCUCUGCCCCAACAGCCACAAAAACGAACCACCUCUACCUACGUCGAUUCCGGCAUGCAAACUGAAGCCCCACCGACUCCCAUCCCCGACUCAGGCGACGAAGAACCCGAGCUGGAAACUCCGCGGCCCCACCAUCACCAUCAUCACCAACGUCGAGGCCACACCCGCAACUGGUCAUCCGUCUCGAGCUCCUCGAGCAUAUCAUCCAGCUCGACGGCGAGCAGCAUUCUCAGUGCUUUUCCAUCUGAGUCCAGCACGCGGAAAUCCAGUUUUGUCAACAUCGAUGUCGCAAAGCCGCCGAAUCUGUUCUGGCCUGAGCCGCAGUAUUUUCCGAAUCCAGUUAUUAUGGGCCGGAUGACGGAUUAUUUUCGAUCUUCGGGGUAUUGUCUUGGGGAUGCGUUGGGGUAGUGUUGCUCUCUAACGCAAGGUACUGGGUGUGGCGAACGACGAGAGGUGCGUCAUGGAAUUGGGAACGGAUAUGGGGGGGAAUUUGUGUACCAUUGGUACUACAGAGGAAGGAAUACGACACUCCGACGGAUGCCAUGGCGCGUUCCAUGAGAUAUUAGGGAGUUGAAAAAUCUGGGGGCUUUUCUAAAUUUGAGCAGACACUUUGCCGUCCUGGGGUUUGAUUCACAGGGAAUGGCGUUUUGGUGUAUUUGAGUGAGCAUAGGCGCACUGUUAACAUGAUACUUGAGCUUACAUUUUUAUCUAAUGAGAAACGGGCAGCUUUGCCGUCUACAGGCAAUCCAUAAAUUGGAAUUAGAAGAGCUUUUGGGCACAUAAUACAUACCAGUUAACGUCACCCACAGGUCAUUGCCCCACACGGGUCUUUGCCCAACUUUUCAAGAAAUCUUGACUUUCC